AUGCUUCCAUUCCCUUCAACAACUACAGCACUCAGCUCAAAUGAUGCCAAGCCUAAACAAUAUACUAAACUUUUGACUUAUCCUCCAAACAGCACCAAUAGCAAUGCUACUAUUCAACGAUCAUCCAAUGCGAGUUCAAGUAGUGGUGCAAGUAAUUCUACCACUAUUGCCUCAUCUACAACAUCAUUCACUAGCCUCCUUCAAGGAAGUGGCGGAAUGGAGAAUUGCACCAAUACUACUCUAUCAAAUGGUACUAUAACUAGUUCUCAUAAUACUGCUGCUACUACCAAUAAUACUAGUAAUACAAAUAAUGCAAGAGUAGCCACAAUUAGUUCAAACAGUGCUGGAUCAACAUUAAUUCAAUUAGUGAAUAAUGGUAAUAGUUCAAUUGAAAAGACAACUCAACAACCAAUCAAAACAAGCAAGCAACCAGUAAGAAGAUCACCUCCUCCAACACCUGUUUCUGCUUCUUCCUCAUCAGCAGCCACCAAAAAGCCUUCACCAAAUUCUCAAAGUGUGAAAACUUCGCCUCCAAAAAGAGUGGAGCAAACUACAAGGCUUUCCAGUGAUUCUGCUCUCUCAGUAGACAUUGAUUCAAGUAAGAAGAGGAAUAAGAAGAGAAAGGCUGAGAAUAUUUCUCCAGAUAUGAAUUCAUAUUUUCAAGAGGAAGAGAGUACUAGUGGCACUCCUCAAGCAUAUACACCUUCAGUUUACUUUGCACCUCCUGUAUUUCAAUCAUACGAUUACUAUUCAUAUCCUCAAAUGAUGGGUGUUCCUCAGUUUGCACCAACCACUAGCCAAGGAGGUGCUACUUCUUCCUCUUCUUCUGAAUCCUUGGCUACCAAACCAAAACAAUUCGAAUCAGAUGAAGACUAUUGCAAGAGAAGACCAAUAAUUGCCCAAUAUUUAGAGAAGAAGUUAGGUUUUACAAGAUAUGUUCUCGAUAGAUUGGACGAUAGGGAGCUAGCUCACCAAUUUAUUCAUUCAUUGGUGACUGCCAAAGAUAAGACCAUGAUGGGAUCACUUUGUAUGUCUCUCCUCUCUGUCUACUUGCAAGAAAUUAAGUGUGUUCCAGUAUCUGAUUUGUCAUUCCAAGAUGGAAGUACUCAGACCAAUUCUACUCAUUUUAACAUAAUGGGAGCCUCAAUGGAAUAUUCUGCACUCAUUUCCCGAAUUUUAAUCAUGACCAGUGAUCCAGACUGCAAACCUAACAAGGUUGCUGAUCUAUUGGCUUUAUCAUUCAUGCUCAUUUUCAAUUUUGGAUCGUACUGUAGAUCGGGUAGUGUUGCACCAUCAUCAUCAGCAAAUAAACAAUAA